UCCCAGAGCGCUUUCUAGUCAACUUUCAUCCCAUUCAUCUUGCAACAACAACAGACUGUCUUGAGAUCGAAUGAACUGCCAGCGGACACAACAAGAGUGAAUAGAUCAAUACCCCGACAUGGAGAAACAACGGCAGCUGUACGACGUCGACACCAUCGCUAUCUGGACGCCUAACGACAAUGCAGACGCGUCGCUGACCUCCUCAUCAAAUGCCUCCUUCCCGACUUCGGGCAACCUGCAGCAACAGCUUGACGAGUUUGACAAGGACGCUAAGCGAAAACUUGCUCGAUGGAAGCAGUGGUUCCUUCGACGCGUUGCCGCCAAUAUUUCGCCCCUCUUCCUUACCACCACUGUUCCCUCUGGGAUUGCCUCCACGCUCACUCCGAUAAAGUCGCCGUGGCAGAUCGCGCUAAGUCCUGACAGUCAUUUCCUAGCAGUCAAUCAUGAGGACAAGAUCGAAUUCAGAACACUUAACUCAAGUUAUCAAAUCGUUCACUCUGUCUGGGGAGCAACCAGCCAACAAGACCUGUACCCAAAGUGGAGGAGGAUCGCGUGGAGUUUCGAUUCGAAGCUAGUGGCAAGAAGUUUCAGCAACGGUACAGUGGAAAUUAUUGAUACGAAAGGAAGGCUCAUCGGGUCGAUUCUGCCCAAGAUUCAGCAACAGGAUGCACCAGUAGAGGACGAAGGGGUCUCGAGCGGUGGCACCAGUCAAUUGUUUGUCGAACCCCUGUGUUAUCUUGGAUUCGUCAAUACGAGGAAGAGCAAGAAUGAAGAUGGUUUUGGAGUCAAAUUCAACGGACACAACUAUGCAUACGAACUCAUCACGAUCACAUACGACGGCGCCCUCAGGAGCUAUCUCUUCAACACGCCUGAGGCAUUAGGCCAGUCCGACUCCACGCCAACGUCGCCGUUAGAGGAUUAUCCUAAAAGAAAAAACCUCCAGCACCGAAGGUCGUUGCUCGCAACGCAAUCGCUACUGACACCAAGGCAGAGCUCAUGGGCAAGAGAGGGCUAUUCAGACCCAGGUUUUUUUUGUCCCUACCACACAUUCACCUUUAAGGAUACUUUCAGGACAGUAGCAUGCGCCAGCAUUGAUGAACAUAACGGCAUUCUGUGCGUCGGAGGUACUCCGCACCAGAGUAAAGAACCAGCAGACAAUUCUGGCACACAGGCGGGUGUACAGUUCUGGACGAUUGAGCGAGACUCGCCAUACUAUCAGAGGUAUAACACAGAUGGUCAACUCCAAAGUUCAGUCGAUAGUGUCUUGGACAGAACGCCUCAAGCAUCGGACGCAAUAAGAUACCCAACAGGUCUCUCCGCGAUCGGCCCGACUCUUCAAAAACUGUUCGAGCGCGAUGUCUAUCUCACGAACCAUUCCGUUCAUACGAUUGUUGUCCACGAAAAGUACGGAGCGCUUUCAUUGGACAGCUCAGGGUCUCUCACCAGUUGGACAUUAUCCAAGGAGCGCGGCGGGGUGUUGAAGAUGACAUGGAACAGCGAGCAUUUAAACUACUAUGCCAGAUCCGAAGAGCACAGCACGCUUUCCUUUCAAGAGUUUCAGGAACUGGUGAAGGAAUACCAGUCCAACGGAACAUCGACACAUUUGAUCGGAGUGGCCAAUGGACGGUGUGUCUCGAUGCGGUUUUGGGCUGAGGAUGCCAUUCUACUGGGGUACGAGAGUGGAGCCAUGAUCGUCCUUCAAAUCCCAGAGUUGAUCAAUAUUUUGGGUCAGGAGCCCAAGGUGUUUGCCUCAUGCCUCGAGUUCACUAAUUCUGGAUUCAGCGCGCACGAUGAGCAGGUAUUUGUCAUUGAGGAGAUCACCAGGAUGAUUCGUGCUCGUGUGGUGGGGGACCGGUGGAUCAUGAUGACGGACCAGGAGGAUAAGGCCAUGGGCGAACCAACCGAGCAGGAGAUCGCACAGAUGAUGGGUAAUGAGCGCCUUCUCUUCAAGUGGAUUGCACAGCUGACAAAAUAUUUUGGGUCCAAGGACGCCGACGAGCGCCGAGCCAAGCUCCAAAGACUGAUCCUUGUCCCCAAGCGGACCUUGAGCCUAUACCGGAUGCUUCGCGUGCCACCGGAGGAGCUGCUAUAUCGCAAGUUGGAAGGCAGGGACUACUCUUCCGCACUAGCCAUCGCUACAACUUAUGAGCUGGACACAGAUGUUGUCUACCAGUAUCAGUGGAAGCAACUCUCUCAUAUCAGUGCAGACGUCGUGUCGAACUUGCUGGACAAGAUCACGGAUAAGCAAUGGGUUCUCGCCAACUGUCUUGAAAGCGUUACGGAGGACCACGAAGGCAUCAGGACGCUUCUUGAAUACGGUUUGCAGCUCACCGAUAGCCUUAUGGACGACAUUAUCAGACGAUACGAGCUAGGUACAGAGGUUAAGAUUGACUGGAUUCGAGCCGCCGCCUCAGGAGAGCCCAUGAGAGCCAAAACAAGCGAACUACUACUCGCGGUUCAGUUAGCCGAACGGGAAAUGUUGUGGUGCAAGUAUCGGUGGUAUUUUCUGAAGUACCUUAAUCGGCUCUCAACUUUUACUGAGUUAACCAUCAUGGAAAAGCAGUGGAGGACGCGUGAGGAAGCCAGGAUUUCAAGGCUGCUAUCAAAACAUCCCAAGACUAAAGAUCCGUUGGACCCACUCGGUAUUCUAUACGAUGACGCCGCGGACCAGAGAACUCCUCCAUUACCGCUUCUCACUGGGUCGUACAACACGUUUAAGGACAUGGAUCUAUCUGCUCUGGCUCGAAUUUAUGCAGAAGCAGAGUUCAUUGAAGGCGUCAGGAUCCUCUUUACUCGGCACAACCGGGAGACGUGGCCGUGGAGGAUGACUACGCUUAACCGCAUUCCAGAGACAUGUCCGACGGAGGCGUACAGGGGCCUUUUGCCGCGACUCGACCCAGCAACGAGAGUGGAAAAGCCAUGGGCGCCGGAUCAUCCAUGGAGAGAACUUGACUGGGCGGAAAUUCCAGAGUUAAGGACACUGGUCUUUGGAUCAGCAGAUCACGAAAUGGAUGCAUAUCUACACCAGCAGGCGUUAGCUCUGGAAGAGCGCAAGGCCGCCCACGGAGGGAAUGAGGCAGUAUCGCUGGAUAUGGUGGCCAUCAAGCAGGAAGCCGAGGAGAUUCUGCCGUCACCUCUCCCAUUUCCUGCUUCGGGUGAGGACCUCUCGCACUGGUAUAUUGAUCGAGCACUGGAGAUCGACAGGAAUGCAGGACAAAUCAUCGAGCAGCGACGCCUUAUCCAGUACGGCACCGACAACUAUAUCCCACUACUGGAGACGAUCAGCGAGGAUCUGGAGAUUCUUUACAAAUUGCUGUACGAGAUUAAGCCUGAUAACCGCCGACCAGAGGCAAAGGCAAUGUGGGCGGAUACGGUUCAGGAUCUUUCGCUCGAGCAAUUUUCGCUUAUGAACCCGAUGGAGGUGGUUCAGCUCUGUCUAGGCAUGAGUGAUGAGCAUACAAUCGUGCAGGACAUUCGACGUCUUGUACUGCCCUAUCUCACAGUUGUUAUCCCACGACGCUGGCAGCGAAGCGACCCCGUCCAUGUUCCUGGGCAGGGCCUACCCGCUGGACAAGACUCUCAGAACCCCAUGUCGUAUCUGUAUGCCUUUCUUCUGAGACAGAGCCCAAAUCACCUUUCAUGGGUUGGUGCUGUCAUUCAAGCCUCGAAGCCAGUGUACGAACCGGAUGAGCGUAUUAUCAGCAACGAUAUGGAGUUGUCUUGGCUGACGAUGUCGUGCAUGUACGGCUGCAGAACCGUGGACGAAUGGAAAGUGAUGAGCGACAUGAUCGUCUGUUUGCCAAUGUUUGAGCAGACGGAGGACGUGGACGAGACCAUUGACAAGGUCCGCCGAGCAGAGCUUCGCAAAAACAUCUUUGUUACCUUUGGAAGCGAUCUCAACACCUCUUCGGCGCCGGCUCAGGAUCGCUCUCGGAUAUCCCAACAGUUGGAUCCCCUCAAUAUGUAUCCUGCCUUUGUCAAGUAUGCGCCAACGCAGGGACUGAUGCAGCACGCUCUCGAUACCCUUGAGCAAAAUUUGACUGCUGCAGAGACACUGGCGCGAUACGACCUUCCUGUGCAGCUCUCCUGGUUCCUGGAGAACUCGGACUCGGAGGCAAGCCAGCUGCAGAUGGUCACCAAGAUGGCAAGACUCGCUAGUGGAGGACCGGAGAGAAUGGGUGAGCGCUUUGAGAGCGACGACGAGUGGAUGUUGCUUUUGGAGGAUUUGAUCCGAUUACGCGGAGGCGAAAAGGGAGGUGGGGUGUUGGGUCGGGUUUCCGAACAAGAUAUUUACAGAGAGUACCUGGCUGGUGUUUUGAGCUGCGGAAAAUUCGAGCUCGCAAGGGCGAUUUUGUUCCCACCAGGAAUGCUCCCACCGGUCCGGCUGGCGACAGCUGAAAAGCUGGUCAUCGAUUGCUCGAAUGAGAUGUUUAACAAUGCGACCUCUGGCAACAGACAUCAGGGACUUAUGAAGAUGGCAUACGAUUGCUUGAAAGUUCUUCCAGAGACCACAAAUAUUCGGAAGGAGAUGGAUCUGAUCGAGGCCACCAACUUCAUGACUUCGACGUACAACCUCACUGCCCCAGGAAGUAGCACUACGAUUCUCCCGUUCCAGAUCCGUGCGACUGAGAAUCGACUCUCGUUGGUGCGACGGUUGAUUAUGAGCCAGGAGAACGCCUACCGUGAUCACGCUGCAAUGCUCGAGCUAGCCAUCAAGGUCACCGGUAUCGGUCAAAAGAAAACAUUACGGCAGCAAAUCGAGAUCCAAGUUGUGGGCAUGCUCAUCGAGGCAGCUCUCAAAGAGAAGAAUCACGUUUUUGCGAUCCAACAAGCCGAACGACUGAUGGAGCUGCUCAGAACCUCAGGAGCGCUCGAUAUGAAUGCAGAUGGAUCUCCAAGGAUGAGGCGGGUUGUGAAGAGCAACAGCUUCGUUACUGGUGGUGGGGGCAACAGUGAGGACAGCGCAUCGACACCUUCGCGACCAGAUUCUCCUUCGUCGUUAUCUUCCCGGCCAGGAUCAAGAGCUGGGACGUCAUCUGGGCCCUCUACCGCGGCACAUGGGCCGUCAUUGCAAGGACUUGGUGAUCCUGAUGCCAGGAACCCAUGGGAAAUAUUUGUCCAAGUCGCAACGGAAUCUGUAGGACGAGAGUAUUCUAAGCGAAUGGCUGUUGCUGGAUACGCGCUUGCUUGUUGUCCUGCCGACAAGAUUGAGAGCGUGUUGGAGUUGUGGAGAUCACUCGAGAUGGAAUCUGUACACGCGCCGGUACCGGAAGUCGAUCCUCGUCGUGGUGUGGCUGGGUUCAUGUCGACCAUGAUAGACAGGUCAUCGUCUGGAUCCAAUGGUAUGUCAGCGCCAGGGCUGGGCUAUGGGACUGGGUAUAAUCCCAAUAAUGUUAUUGUCAGUGGAGCCGGAACGCUGGGCGGAGGUGGGGGUCCGUUGGCCGAGAUCAUUGGACGAGUAGGCACAAACAAAUCGAACAGCACGUACCAUGACCAUACUCGGAGAGAACAGAGUAUGAACAGCCAUGCUGAGCAAGAGGGGGGACGGAAGCGGGACAAGCUCAAGUCGCUGGUAAGCUCUAUCUGGGCACAAUAAUAUCAAUAUAAAAAAAGCAAUCUAGGGCUCUGGAGCCAGAAAAGUAUAAAAUAAAAAAAUAAAAAAUCUUUUUU